CUGAAUUGCAGUGAAGGAAUGGUGUUCACUUCACAUCUCUUCUUCUCUCUUCUUCUCUUCUGCUUCCUUAUCAUCACUCCCUCUUCACUCUCACUACCAAACAACCAGUUCUGUGAAGCUGGAAUUGGACACACUGAAUCUUCAUGCGGAACUGGAACCCCAUCAUCAUCCAAGUUGCUGAUCAAGGGUGGCACCGUCGUCAACGCUCACCACCAACACGUUGCUGAUGUUUACAUCGAGGAUGGCAUCAUCGUUGCUGUUAAUCCAACCAUGAACGUUGGAGAUGAAGUGAAAGUGAUCGAUGCCACCGGGAAGUUCGUCAUGCCCGGGGGCAUCGAUCCUCAUACCCACCUGGAGUUUGAGUUUAUGAAUUCUGUAAUAGUAGAUGACUUCUUCAGUGGCCAGGCUGCAACAUUAGCUGGUGGGACAACUAUGCACAUUGACUUUGUUAUACCGAUUAAUGAGAGUUUAACGGCUAGGUUUGAAACAUAUGAAAAGAAGGCGAAGAAGGUUUGCAUGGAUUACGGGUUCCAUAUGGUUGUCACCAAGUGGGAUGAAACUGUUUCGAGAGAAAUGGAAGUCAUGGUCAAGGAGAAAGGUUGUAAUCUAUUCCCUUAUUGCGUUUUGAAUUGGGAAAUGGGUUGA